GCGCCAGGCCUCAGCCCCUUUGUGCCAUCCGGGUCUCUUGUGCGGGCCAUUUAGUCUGUGGCGAAGCUUCCGAGCGGCCGGUAUUGUCGGCAGCGGCGAGUGGAGGCGCCGCCCCAGCGGCCAGGACUCCGCACCAUGGCGGCUAGUGAUGCUGAACGAGAUGAACUAGCGCCAGAAAAGACAUCUCCAGAGAGAGAGAAGAAAAAAGAGCAGUCAGAUGUAUCCGUUUCUCCUAGAGCCUCAAAACAUCACUAUUCAAGGUCACGAUCAAGGUCAAGAGAAAGAAAGCGGAAGUCAGAUAAUGAAGGAAGGAAACACAGGAGCCGGAGCAGAAGCAAAGAGGCAAGAAGACAUGAAUCCAAAGAUAAAUCCUCUAAGAAACACAAAUCUGAAGAACAUAAUGACAAAGAUCAUUCUUCUGAUAAAGGAAGAGAACGACUAAAUUCUUCUGAAAAUGGUGAGGACAGACAUAAACGCAAAGAAAGAAAAUCGUCAAGAGGCAAAAGUCACUCAAGAUCUAGGUCACGGGAAAGGCGUCAUCGUAGUAGAAGCAGGGAGAGGAAGAAGUCAAGGUCCAGAAGCAGAGAGAGGAAGAAGUCAAGAUCCAGGAGCAGGGAGAGGAAGAAGUCAAGAUCCAGGAGCAGGGAAAGAAAACGGAGGAUCAGAUCUCGUUCCCGCUCAAGAUCAAGACACCGGCAUAGGAGUAGAAGCAGAAGUAGGACAAGGAGUAGAAGUCGAGAUAGAAAGAAGAGGAUUGAAAAACCAAGAAGAUUCAGUAGAAGUUUAAGUAGAACUCCUAGUCCACCUCCUUUCCGAGGCAGAAACACAGCAAUGGAUGCACAGGAGGCUUUAGCAAGAAGAUUAGAAAGGGCAAAGAAGUUACAAGAACAGCGAGAAAAGGAAAUGGUUGAAAAACAAAAACAACAAGAAAUAGCUGCAGCUGCAGCUACUGGAGGCUCUGUUCUCAACGUUGCAGCCCUCUUGGCAUCGGGAACGCAAGUAACUCCUCAGAUAGCUAUGGCAGCUCAGAUGGCAGCCCUGCAGGCUAAAGCUUUGGCAGAGACGGGGAUAGCAGUUCCAAGCUAUUAUAACCCGGCAGCUGUGAAUCCAAUGAAGUUUGCUGAGCAAGAAAAAAAAAGGAAAAUGCUUUGGCAAGGAAAGAAAGAAGGAGACAAAUCCCAGUCUGCUGAAAUAUGGGAAAAACUAAAUUUUGGAAACAAGGACCAAAAUGUCAAAUUUAGGAAAUUAAUGGGUAUUAAGAGUGAAGAUGAAGCUGGAUGUAGCUCAGUUGAUGAAGAAAGUUACAAGACUUUAAAGCAACAGGAAGAAGUGUUUCGAAAUCUAGACGCCCAGUAUGAAAUGGCAAGAUCACAGACCCACACACAGCGAGGAAUGGGGCUGGGUUUCACAUCAUCAAUGCGAGGAAUGGAUGCAGUGUGAAAGAGACUGUACUCUUAAAUUUGGAACUUUAGAGACUUCUGAUUCUGGUGUCAGGCCCUCGUUCACCAAACAGCUAGCAUUCUAGCUUGCAUGGGUGUUGCAUUGACUUUAAUUUAUUGAAAUAUACAAUUUUUUUUGUAAAUAUCAGAUCAGUGAUACUGGUGUUAGUGUUGUAAUCAGGUUAAACCCACUUCCAUUAAACUUGACAGGACUAUAGAAGGACAAUUUUUUUAGUUCAUGAAUUCUACUUUUUCAAAUAUAUAAAAAUUGCAGGUGGGAUAAAAUCUCAUACAUGGAAUUUUUUGUGUCCGCUGUCUUGUGUACUUUUGUACUUAACCUUGUACAGUUAUUUUCAUCUCUUGAGACAUGAAAGAAAUGUUAUGUAGAUGUUCUUUAGACGAUCUGGCCAUUUGGUACAUACCCAGCACAAUGGGUGGUGAUAAUAAAAAUGGUUUUCUGAAAAAUGGUGUUAAUUUAAGUUACCUGGAAUUCUUGUUUGAAUUUGUUUUCAUGUUUCUGUAGCAUUUUGCAAUUGCUAUUAGACAAAUAGCUAGAAAAAUUUUUUUUAAGAACAGCUAACUAUGCUAUAGGCAAUACCAUGGUGAGCAAAAAUGUAAAAGGAAGUUGGGAGUGAGCAGGACUUAGUGAAUAUACUGUUUAUUUACAAGGACAGAAUUGGUGUACAGUAUUUGUUAAAUAUUCCUAUGUUAUUCAGGAAAUAGAGUAAUACAUUAAAGGGAUGUAAGCACUUUUAUUUUAAUAAAGUGCCUUAUAACAAGUUCUUUGUAUGCCCUUUGCUCAUUGUCCCUUUGAAGUCUUUAGCAUAAAGUUCAAAACUUUAGAGAGCUACGCUGUCAAUAAACUGCUACAUAAAUUUGAUGUAGAAAAGACUUGAAUUUGGGAGUU